AUGUUAUAUCAUCAAUCAUAUUCAUUGUUGACUAAUAUAUAUAUGCAUUAUCUAAAUCCUGAACUGUUGAAAUUGAAUCAAGGAAAUGCUGGGUUCAAUGUUGAAUCGAAUGAAAAAAAUAAACGUACCAAACCUCGGGUUAAGUUAUCCAAUUCAAAUACUAAUAAAAACAAUACAACUAUUAAAAAGUCAUUUUUAUUACGGUUACUUACACGACAACUAAAUAAAAAUAGAACUAUGAAUAUGGAUCAUGCACAUGUGAAUACAACCUCAUCAACAUCAGUGUUACCAAUCAGUUGUAAUUUAUCAAUUAACAAUUCAAAUCCAUUGUCAAUAUCAUCAACAUCAGUAUUAUCAUCUUCUACAGGACAAAUGAUGAAUCCAUUCAGAUUAAAUUAUUCUGUAGAUAUGAUGAAUUCACGUUUAUAUAAUCCAAAUAUUCAUCAUUCUAUAAAUUAUGGACCCUACAGUCCAAUAUGUGUAAAUACUACUAAUAAUAUACCAGUAAUAUCAGAUGAUUAUCAAUCAUUGAAUUGUUGGAAUGAUUUACCAGUAUAUUAUUCAAAUCAAUUAAAACAAGAUAAUAUAACAAAUUCAAAUAUACCACAAUUAUAUAUGAAACAAUUAAAACAACCAGUCAAUGCACAAAAUUCAAAUUUAGAUAUUAAUAAUAAUAAUAGUAAUAAUAAUAAUAAUAUUACAUCACCAUCAUCACCACCAACGACAACAACAACAACAACAGGAUUAUCAUCAUUACCAAUUGUAUUACAUAAUAAACAAAAUGAUUCUAAUUGGAUAUUACACAAUACUCAUCUAUUAAUGAAUAAUAAUAAUAAUAAUAAUAAUAAUAAUAAUAAUAUAAAGAAUAAUGGUAUAUUAUCAAAUGAUUUGAACAAUCAUUCAUUAUUAAAUCAACAGAAUAUUUGUAAAACGAAUGGGAAUUCACAAGCUUAUACAGGAUUAAUGAAAUCUAGUUUUGUAUAGUUACCUAGUCGGUUACGUAAUAAUAAUGAUGAUAAUGGUAAUAUGUUAGUGUAAUGUUAUGAAUACGCAUGGAAUGAAGUACCUUAACUAAAAUGAAACUCAAUUUCUUUUCAUAGUUGCUUGGUGGUCGGUUUAAUUUCUUUUGAAAUUCUUUCUUCUUUAUCAAUCUACUCACGAACACACACACACACACACCCGUACACACACACAAUCAUGGCAAUAUAUACAAAAAUGAUAAUUUUAUUUGUAAUCAAAGAGAAAAAUAUAAUACUGAAUUUUUAUGA